AUGACGUAGUGCUAAAGGCCACAUUUUUGGUAAUUUUGGUGGAUUUUACACAGAAGUCGCUUUUUGGAGGUAUCUUGAGGAAUAUGUAGGUAAUCUGAAUUGUAGUACCAAAGGACCGUCAUUAAAUAUUGAGAAAGAAAGGAUCCUCGCGUUUCCAACCCUCCUUAUCAAUGCAAAUAUCUAUUUUGUAUUCAGCCAUAGCGCCUGACCUGUGUUGUGAGAUGCAUUUUUAAUUAUGUGUGACUAAAACAAACUCUGGCAAAGCUUUUUAAAAGGGGAGAACCACAGAAAUAAGACACAUUUUUUACGGUAAGUUGUUAGCUAAGAUAGCAUGCGUAAGAUUCCCAUUGGCUAUAUAGGGCGACGAAAUGGCAAUAGGAAAUGAGUUUUUUUGGUUAAUAUGCAAUGCUCUUAAUUAGCAUAAUUUAUAUAUUUAUGAUAAAUAGAGGGAAAUACAUAAAAUGCAGUCCCCAGGCAUGGAAUUGCGGGUGAUUUUUUUGUCGCCGCAUAUUUUAUGGGUAACAUCGUGUCCUCAAAUAGGUUACAUGGCGAGAUUUAUUGGGGCUAGAUUAGGGGUGGCCAGAGUACGGGGAUCAUCACCUGCCGAAGUUUUGACAGAUCUAUAAUUUCUGUGUUGGUGUGUGCUGCGCGCGACUGAUCUUUUUGAUAUUACGUCAAAAUAUAAACAUUUCGAAUAGUCGUUUGUCAGCUAUGAUCAUCCUAGAAGGCUAGAUUUGUUGGGGACGUAGGCGGGCCUAUAUCUUUUAGGCUGCUAAUGAUCAAGAAGCUGCCAAUUCUUGGUGCAUUAUAUGUUUAAUUUGUCAUAAAGACAUUGCCUUUAUGAAAAAUUAAGUAAUACAGUCCAUUAUUAUCACUGUGUGUGUGUGCACCCCUGUAGCCCCCAGUAUACAAGUACACUGUCUGGACCAAAUGUUCUAGUUGUGAAUUCUAUUUAUAUUGCUGUCACUUUUGUGGCAUCAUAUGAUUUGUUAAUUUUAUACCCUUUAACUACAUCUAGAAACCUAAUUGUCACAAUGCUACAGCCUGCCUGCACAGCAGACCGCCAUUUUAUUAGAUAGGCCCAUGAGACACUAAUGUAGGAGCGCUAUUUCAACUAUUUGCUAUUGAACAGUCAUUCUUUACAUAGCUAUAAUAAUAAUAAUAAUAAUAAUAAUAGUUUCAUCUGGAGUAGCACAAAUGUCUCCAACCAUUUGGCAUACUUCAUAGAUUUAAUAGAAAAAGUAUCAGCACACCAUAUAGAUGGAAAAAAAAUUUGUUCACAUAGGCAAGCCUAAUACCUGGUAGUUUUUAUGUUUCAGUAUUAUCUUUCCUUACUUAGAAUGUCAAGACAGUGACUGCAUGGUGGUGAGAGCACUAAACCAUGGACCCUCAGGAUCUCCCUGCUACUGAUGCACCCCUCACUGUCAAUGAACAGGUAUCACUAACUGCUCUGUAAACACUACCUGAUGUCAAGUCAGUUAUACACCCCUGCCCAACUUUCCAAAAUGUCUGUGUUGCCUCUGCUUCAUAGUCCUCUGUCAUAAGCUGUUGCCACGUCCAUGUCACCAUGUAUUUGGAAUGAUUAAUCCCACACAGUCAUCUUGAGGUUGAUAUAGUAGCUAUGCAAAUGUCAUCAAUUAAUAACGAUUCGGUAACACUUCUAAGUUGUGUGCUAUACUCUGUCAUGCUUAUUGAUUAAUUGUGUAUGUCUACUCCGGCUGUGUCCUUUAAACUCAUAUUCAGCAAACUAAAGCAAUCGUGGUCAAAAGUUUUGAGAAUGACACAAAUACUAAUUUUCACAAAGUCUGCUGCCUCAGUUUUGAUGAUGGCAAUUUGCAUAUACUCCAGAAUGUCAUGAAGAGUGAUCAGAUGAAUUGCAAUUAAUUGCAAAGUCCCUCUUUGCCAUGAAAAUGAACUUAAUCCCCAAAAAACAUUUCCACUGCAUUUCAGCCCUGCCACAAAAGGACCAGCUGCCAUCAUGUCAGUGAUUCUCUCGUUAACACAGGUGAGAGUGUUGACGAGGACAAGGCUGGAGAUCACUCUGUCAUGCUGAUUGAGUUAGAAUAACAGACUGGAAGCUUUAAAACGAGGAUGGUGCUUGAAAUCAUUGUUCUUCCUCUGUUAACCAUGGUUACCUGCAAGGAAACACGUGCCGUCAUCAUUGCUUUGCACAAAAAGGGCUUCACAGGCAAGGAUAUUGCUGCUAGUAAGAUUGCACCUAAAUCAACCAUUUAUCGGAUCAUCAAGAACUUCAAGGAGAGAGGUUCAAUUGUUGUGAAGAAGGCGUCAGGGCGCCCAAGAAAGUCCAGCAAGCGCCAGGACCGUCAUCAGUCAGGAUGUGGCCCAGAAGUUAAUUGACAGCAUGCCAGGGCGGAUUGCAGAGGUCUUGAAAAAGAAGGGUCAACACUGCAAAUAUUGACUCUUUGCAUAAACUUAAUGCAAUUGUCAAUAAAAGCAAUUGACACUUAUGGAAUGCAUGUAAUUAUACUUCAGUAUACCAUAGUAACAUCUAACAAAAAUAUCUCAUAACACUGAAGUAGCGAACUUUGUGGAGACCAAUACUUGUGUCAUUCUCAAAACUUUUGACCACGUCUGUAUUUUUGUAAUUACAAGCAGAGCUCUCAGAAAGCAUUGCUUGAGCUGCUUGUUGGCUGAUGCUCUUUGUUGUAGUCAUGUUUUUCCCCCCCCAUUUGUUUGCGUUUAUUUUGGUUCAUUGUAUCCUAACGUGUGUGGUUGGCCUCUCUGUUCUCCUUAGCCAUUCACUGUCUGACUGCAGAAGUAUUUUUGUCAGCCAUUAGGUUCCUGCAUUUUGAAAUACCCUGCCAAAGACAACCAGGUAUGCAUCCCUUCUUUCCUGCAUUGCACUCUCUGUCUGCACCUUUCCCUCCAGCUCAGGUUUUCUCCCUGCCUCUCCUUCACAUCUUUCAUGGCUGCAUCCACUCAUACAUCAUGUAUUUGCUUUGUUAUAUUUACUAAUAAUAUACAAAUUGGAUAAUGAGGAUAAGAAACGGAUGGGGAGGAGCUGUCUACCCUGGUGACAACAACUAUGACAGGUCAUACUCCUAUGGCAUGGUUUGCUCUUGUGUAAACUCAUGUUCUGUUCCACAUGUAACCAAUACAGAUGGUCCUCUACCUGAGUUGUCUCAGUAGGUUGAGACUGAACGGUACUAAAUGUAACUUGAUACAUCAGUGGAACAGUACUGAGCCUAGUUAGAUAUUUAUACCAUAUAAUUGUAUUAUUACUACAUGAUUAUCUCUCGGCCCUCCUCCUCAUCAUGACUCGGAACAAAAAAAUCCACGCUGCUGAGAAUAGAUGAUGAUGAGUCAUUUAUUGUGUAUAGUUGCGUGACUUGGUCUUCUAUUCAUAAAGCGUCUCAGGAGUGCAGAUCUAGGAUCAGGUCCAUUCUGUCCAUGUAAUCUUAUCCGUUAUGAUCAGCACCCCUACUCUGAGACACUUUAUGAAUACGGACCCUGGUCUUGUGUUGUACUCUCCAAUGCUGUGCAGGUGAUAGUGAUGUCUGGCCAUGAGACGAUCCGAGUCCUGGAAGUGGAGGUAGAUCAAGCCUCAGUGCCUGAUGGGAGGACUGAUUCGGGGGGUGACGAUGGGGGUAAUCAGGCCACGGAGCAACCUGAGGCAGGCAUGCAGGACAGCCCGACACCACCCCACAACGCUGGGGGAGUAGGUGAGCCCUUUGUAGGAUACCGAUAUGGUAGGUUAGACUCCAUGCAAUACAGAUUAUACUGCAUUUCGUUUACCGUUUCAGUGUAACAAUAUUUAUAAUACAUCAUUUAAGAGUGAGGUAUGGUGUGUGCUGAUGGUAGACUAACAGUGUGUUCUCUCUCUGUGCUGUCAGUGCUGGAGGACCAGGUGGUAUCUACAGACUCUGCUGUCCAGACUCUAGCACAGACUGCAGUUCCCAUCAGCGUCUCCCUGUCUCAGUCACAGACCACCAUGCCCAUCACUGUGCAGAGCUUACAGGGAUGUCAACAGGUGAGAACAAUUAAACAAAAAUAACUUUUCAACUACUUUUAGUGUAAUCACCCCCUUCUCCUUUUCCUCUCCCAUGAGUCACACUUUACCUGUCUGGAUCUCACCUCUUCCUCCCUAAUACCCCUCUUCCUCUUCCUCCUCCUCCUACCACCUACCACCUCCUCCUCCUACCCCUCCUCCUCCUCCUACCACCUCAUACCACUCCUCCCCCUCCUUCCACCUCAUACCCAUCCUCCUCCCCCUGCUCCUGCUCCUCCUCCUCUCACCCCUCCUCCCCCGCCUCCUCCUCCUCCCACCUCUCACCCCUCUUCAUCCUCCCUCCUCUUGUAGGUUCUGACCCAGGAUGGUCUGGCCACUCUGAUGACGGGGAUGAUGGCCCAGACAGGCUCCCUGGCCCAGCCCCUGCUCAUCCCCCUCAGCAUGGCAGGGUCCAUGGGGGGCCAAGGAGGCCUGGCUGUCCUCACCUUCCCCACCAGCAACAUAGCCACACUCCCUGGCCUUUCAGCUGCCAGCCAGGCCGGAAGCCUCCUCAAACUACCCUUUGCCAGCUUACAAGGCUUACAAGGAUUGCAAGGCUUACAAGGGCUGCAAAGUAAGACAUGGCAGAGAUACACACCUCAGAAUGCAAAGCAUUAAUCGACAUUGAAUCAACAGUCAAGAUUAUUUUGGCUACCACAUGGGGCUUUAUCUGUAUGUUUGUGCUCUUCUUUCCCAGCAGCCACUGUGCUAAACUCUGUCCAGCCCCAGCAGACUGUUUUCCAGCCUCAGACAGCAUCACUACAGCAGGUCCAGGCAGCUAUGCAGCAGGCUCAGCAGAACUCACAGGUGACCGCAGCCCAACUGGCCCAGGCCACGCCAGCCGUCUCUCAGCCCAGCGUGUCUGUAGCAACACUCCAGUCUGCAGGCCUUUCCAUCAACCCUGCCAUUGUAAGAAUGUGUUUCUGUAUUGUGUUUCUAUACACGCCUAGACGUGUGUGUUUGGACUGCUGGUCAGCAGGCCAUGUUUAUUACUUCAAAGUUUGGACAUGUCUGUGGAUAACUUGAGCAAAGAACUUAAUCCACAUGAAUAUACUUUGUAUUCAAAAUGAUCACAUUAUCGACAGUAGAAUAAUCUGGAUGCCUCCGUUUCUUUCCCCAGAUCAGUGCUGCGUCUCUAGGGGCUCAGCCUCAGUUCAUCAGCGCCCUUACUUCCACUCCCAUCUUCACCACUACCAUGUCCGGAAUCACCAGCCAGAUCAUCACCAACGCACAGGGACAGGUGUGCAAACAUGCAAAUAUUUAACAAGCUCACUGUUUAGCAAGCACCAAAUUAAGAAUCACACUAUUUCAACCAAGACGUUUUAACUGUCUAUUACAGAUGUAUAAACUAUCUAUAAACUGAUAAUUAAGUUUAUAUAGAACUUAUAAACCCUGUUUAAACCCUUAUAUCCUAUAACUUGUUGUACAGUGUUAUUGACAAAUGCAUACCCUAAUUCUCUUCAAUGUGGCCUCCAGGUGAUUGGAACCAUCCCCCUGAUGCUGAACCCUGCAUCACUGACUGGAGGGGCUGCUACUCAGUCUCUGAAUCUCCAGGGCCUCCAGGGUCUACAAGGCCUGCAGGUGCAGACAGUCCAGCCACAGCUGAUUCUGAACACCCAGGGACAGAUCAUUGCCACCAUAGGGAAUGGACCUGCUAUAGUCCCCACAUCUGCAGCUGUAAUGCCCAAGCCUACUGCUCCUGUGACAUUCUCCAAGCCCAGCACUCAGGUACUGUAGGCCUUCCCCCUCCAUUCAUUUGUCCUUAUGAGUGCUUUUGAGUGGUUAUUUGAGUGGUUAUAUUUUGUGUGAACAUUUGGUUAAACUGGAAAUGGUUGGUCUUUGUUGGAUGUAACCAUUAACCCAUUGCUGACAUUUCCGCUCAGGUAACAACAGUUACGCAGUCACCUGUGGUCAUCGCCCCACAACCGUCUGCAAUGAAGACAGUCACUCCAAUCUGCUCCUCAGUCCCUAUCACCUGUGGAGACACACCCACUGUUGGCCAGCUUGUCAGCAGUACGUGGUUUCACUUUUAAAUUUUCCAUUUAUCCUCUAUUUAACAAGGGAAUUCACAUUGAGAUUGAACAUCUUUUUCAAGCGAGCCCCGACCAAGAAAAAGCAGCAUCUUCUCUCUAAACAUAGAUCUUGUUUUACAAGUAGUUAGAUAUUUACAUCUGGUUUGUCUCUUCCCAUCUUAAGAGCCACAGCAAGGGGGCACAGAUGAGGAGGGCAUUAAUCUGGAAGAGAUUCGAGAGUUUGCCAAGAACUUCAAGAUCCGCCGGCUGUCCCUGGGGCUGACGCAGACACAAGUGGGACAGGCCCUCACGGCUACAGAGGGUCCGGCCUACAGUCAGUCUGCCAUCUGCAGGUAAACUCCUCUGGCCUACUGGGUGGUUGCAGGCAGCACAGUCGAUAGGUUUCUGAAAUCCAUUCUAUCAAAUAUGAUAAAUAGUGUAUGUUGGUAUGCUGUGGACAAUGUAGUUCAAAGGCUACAUUUUGAAAGUGUUUGUACUCGUAGGAAAAUCAAAGGAUAGUAGCUCUGACAAAAAUAUACUUACAGUGAGGGAAAAAAGUAUUUGAUCCCCUGCUGAUUUUGUACGUUUGCCCACUGACAAAGACAUGAUCAGUCUAUAAUUUUAAUGGUAGGUUUAUUUGAACAGUGAGAGACAGAAUAACAACAAAAAAAUCAAGAAAAACGCAUGUCAAAAAUGUUAUAAAUUGAUUUGCAUUUUAAUGAGGGAAAUAAGUAUUUGACCCCUCUGCAAAACAUGACUUAGUACUUGGUGGCAAAACCCUUGAUGGCAAUCACAGAGGUCAGACGUUUCUUGUAGUUGGCCACCAGGUUUGCACACAUCUCAGGAGGGAUUUUGUCCCACUCCUCUUUGCAGAUCUUCUCCAAGUCAUUAAGGUUUCGAGGCUGACGUUUGGCAACUCGAACCUUCAGCUCCCUCCACAGAUUUUCUAUGGGAUUAAGGUCUGAAGACUGGCUAGGCCACUCCAGGACCUUAAUGUGCUUCUUCUUGAGCCACUCCUUUGUUGCCUUGGCCAUGUGUUUUCGGUCAUUGUCAUGCUGGAAUACCCAUCCACGACCCAUUUUCAAUGCCCUGGGUGAGGGAAGGAGGUUCUCACCCAAGAUUUGACGGUACAUGGCCCCGUCCAUCGUCCCUUUGAUGUGGUGAAGUUGUCCUGUCCCCUUAGCAGAAAAACACCCCCAAAGCAUAAUGUUUCCACCUCAAUGUUUGACGGUGGGGAUGGUGUUCUUGGGGUCAUAGGCAGCAUUCCUCCUCCUCCAAACAUGGCAAGUUGAGUUGAUGCCAAAAAGCUCGAUUUUGGUCUCAUCUGACCACAACACUUUCACCCAGUUCUCCUCUGAAUCAUUCAGAUGUUCAUUGGCAAACUUCAGACGGGCCUGUAAAUGUGCUUUCUUGAGCAGGGGGACCUUGCGGGCGCUGCAGGAUUUCAGUCCUUCACAGCGUAGUGUGUUACCAAUUGUUUUCUUGGUGACUAUGGUCCCAGCUGCCUUGAGAUCAUUGACAGUAUCCUCCCGUGUAGUUCUGGGUUGAUUCCUCACCGUUCUCAUGAUCAUUGCAACUCCACGAGGUGAGAUCUUGCAUGGAGCCCCAGGCAGAGGGAGAUUGACAGUUCUUUCGUGUUUCUUCCAUUUGCGAAUAAUCGCACCAACUGUUGUCACCUUCUCACCAAGCUGAUUGCCGAUGGUCUUGUAGCCCAUUCCAGCCUUGUGUAGGUCUACAAUCUUGUCCCUGACAUCCUUGGAGAGCUCUUUGGUCUUGGCCAUGGUGGAGAGUUUGGAAUCUGAUUGAUUGAUUGCUUCUGUGGACAGGUGUCUUUUAUACAGGUAACAAACUGAGAUUAGGAGCACUCCCUUUAAGAGUGUGCUCCUAAUCUCAGCUCGUUACCUGUAUAAAAGACACCUGGGAGCCAGAAAUCUUUCUGAUUGAGAGGGGGUCAAAUACUUAUUUCCCUCAUUAAAAUGCAAAUCAAUUUAUAACAUUUUUGACAUGCAUUUUUCUGGAUUAUUUUGUUGUUAUUCUGUCUCUCACUGUUCAAAUAAACCUACCAUUAAAAUUGCAGACUGAUCAUUUCUUUGUCAGUGGGCAAAUGUACAAAAUCAGCAGGGGAUCAAAUACUUUUUUCCCUCACUGUAGUAAAUAGAGACCAGGGCCCAGAUUCACAAAACCUUCUUAAGAAUAGAUUUCUUCUUAAAUGCAGUUUUUUUCCUUAACUGUAGACUUAAGAAGAAAGUUAAGCAAAGUUGCUAUUCCUCAAAAAGGUUAUUGGACAUGUUCUUGCUCUAUUUCUUGUGUUUCUCCUUAAGCAAAAAGUUAAGAAGAAAUGCGAUUCUUGAAAAUAAAUAGAGACCAGAUGAAAUGGGGUUAGGUGUUAUUUUAAAGAGUAGAUGUGGGGUUCAAUCUGGUUGAUCAGCGGCUACUGUGUAAAUCGUUUCUAAGUUGUUACUCCUCUGUUGCCUCUUGCAGGUUUGAGAAACUGGACAUUACACCUAAGAGUGCUCAGAAGCUGAAGCCUGUGCUGGAGCGAUGGCUGGCCGAAGCUGAGCUGUGGAACCAGAAGGGUCAGCAGAAUCUAAUGGAGUUUGUGGGUGGUGAGCCGUCCAAGAAACGCAAGCGUCGCACCAGCUUCACCCCGCAGGCCAUCGAAGUGCUCAACACCUACUUUGAGAAGAAUGCCCUGCCCACGGGCCAGGAGAUUACGGAAAUCGCUAAGGAGCUCAACUACGACCGUGAGGUUGUCCGCGUAUGGUUCUGCAACAGGCGGCAGACACUGAAGAACACCAGCAAGAUCAAUGCGUUUCAGGUUCAGUUG